CAAGUUGUCUUCUUCUAAAUUCCGCAGACGUGUGUUUUCUUGUCAUUACUUCAUUAGUUAUUGUCGGUUUUAUAUGUGGUCAAAAUUAUUCUAAGUUAUAAAAUUAACUAUGUGUAACAUCAGAUAUCACUGAAUCAGUAUACGAUACGGCAGUAACGAUUAAUACUUCCAUCGUUCACAUUAAAAUUAAGUCAGCGAAAAUAUUGGAACAAAAUUGCAUUAAAAAAUGGUCCUAAACACAAUCGAUAUGCUUCAAUGGACUGAUAAAAAGUUGACAACCUGCCUGGUUUUGUUGUUGUUAGAGUUAUUUUUGGAUGGUGCGCAAAGUGCAUCGUCAAAAGCGGAAAUCGACAGACACUUAGAGCUGGGAAGGGACUUACUGGCUAGAGGUCAGCUUGCCGAUGCCCUUACACAUUAUCAUGCAGCUGUUGAGGGAGAUCCAAGCAAUUAUCUCACAUGUUUCAAACGAGGCACCGUCUAUUUGGCGCUAGGAAAAGCUCGCAUGGCCAUUACAGACUUUAGUCGAGUUUUGGAAUUGAAACCGGAUUUUUCAGCCGCCAGAAUUCAACGAGGAACCGUUUACUUGAAGCUGGGUGACUAUGACGAAGCCGAAAUCGAUUUUCGAAAUGUGCUUCUAUAUGAUCCGAGUAAUGAGGAUGUACAAUAUCUUCUAAGUCGAUUAGGGCCAGCCAGGGAACAGGUUUACCAAACCGAACAGAUAAUACAACAAGGCGAUUAUCGCACUGCCGUCGUGUUGCUCACACAAUUGCUGGAAGUGUCGCCAUGGUCGAUAAGCUUACGAGAGUCUCGGGCCGAUUGCUAUAUCGAAGAGAAGGACAUAUUGUCAGCCGUUUCCGAUUUGAGAUCAGUGAAUCGAUUGUCACAAGACAGUACGGCCGGUUAUUAUCGACUGUCUACCUUACUGUACCAGCUCGGUCACGCAUCGGAUGCGUUGAAGGAAAUUCGUGAGUGCCUGAAAUUGGAUCCAGAGCAUGGCGACUGUUUUCCAUUUUAUAAGAAAAUCAAAAAGGUCCACAAAGCUUUGCUGGAUUCACAGACAUUUAUAGAUGAAAAUGCGUUCAGUGAUUGCAUACAAUCGGCCGAAAAGGCACUGAAAAUUGAAGAGGAGAUCCCGAUGAUUAUCUUCAAUGCAAACCAAUUGUUGUGUACAUGUUACCUCAAGGACGAACAAUACACGUUAGCGAUAAGAAAAUGUGGCGAAGCAAUCGAUUUGAACAAGGAUGCGUACGUAUUAUGUGAUAGAGCAGAAGCUUACUUAGAGACUGAAAUGUUUGAUGACGCUGUUCAAGACUUCCAAGCUGCAUUAGAAAUCGAUCAAGGCUUGCAGCGAGCUAAAGAAGGUAUCGAACGUGCUCGUAAACUGCAGAAACAGGCCGAACGACGAGAUUACUACAAAAUUCUCGGCGUCAAGAAAACGGCAACGAAACAAGAAAUUGUGAAAGCAUAUCGAAAGGCUGCACAGAAAUGGCAUCCGGACGCAUAUCAAGGCGACGAGAAAAAGGUGGCCGAAAAGAAAUUCAUUGAUGUUGCCGCCGCCAAAGAGGUGCUCACCGAUCCGGAAAAACGGAAACGAUUCGAUAUGGGCGACGAUCCGUUGGAUCCGGAAGCGAAUCAAGGUUUCCAACGAGGCAAUCCAUUCCAGCAUUUCCAGCAGCACGGUUCACCGUUCCAAUUUAAGUUCCAUUUCAACUAAACGGAUCCAAAGGAUUGUUUCGAUCGAGUGCCACAGCUUUAAUAAUACGAUAAAAUGAAGACUUCAGUGAAUCGAACAGUAGACUUUUUGAGAGCAAUUUGCUUUUGCAUAUUUCCAGCGGAACAAAAGAAAAAAAAAAUUCGUUUGAAAGCACAGUCAGUGUACUCGUUCAGUGUAUGAAGUACACUUCAAUUUAGCAAUCAAUCAAGUGAAUUUAUUAGUCGAUUAGGGAUGUGAAAAAGCCUGAAUCCAUCCAUAAAUAACAAAACAAUUAUGAGUGGUGGUUUCCGAUGCUUAGAACUAAUUAAUUUAUAAUUUAUGAAAUUCAGUUGUGGUGAUCAAUCGAUGUUGUUUAUGCAUAUGUGUGAAAGUUUUACGGAAUAAAUGACUGACACGCCAGGAUCACAUGUAAAUAAAAUUGAAGUGUUGUACAAAUAAA